GUUUGUGGUUGGUUUGCGCUGAGUCCAGUUGGCGAACGAAAAUAUUCGGGGCGAGUGUGCUAAAAAAUAGGACAAGAAAAAGAUUUGUGUGCUUUAACUUUGAAAUUGUGAGCGCUAAUUAGUUGGAAAUAGAAGUAAACUGUUUGUAAAUUUAAGAAAAUUGUGUUAAGUGCGCGAUAAUGAAUGUUUUUGCUGUGCUUGCGUUUAAUUUCAUUCAAGGUGCACUCUCCGCUAGCUCGAGUCUCAUACCAGGCGGCCAUUGUCGCGAUUACAAUGGAAAACUCUAUGAAACGGGUAUGCAUUACAUGCCCGGACCGGACUCUUGCCGUCUAUGUAUAUGUGACAGUGGCCUCCCGAAGGCCUGCAAAAUGGUGCUCUGUGAGGCAUUUAGUAAAUGCAAAUCUUUUCAAGUGGGUAGCGGCAACAACUGUUGCGAAGUAAUUUGCCUCGAUGAUCAGUUCACAGAUGGUAGUACUGAUUUUGGUAUUUGACUGGUAGCCAGUGGCAUUACAGCCACACUGUCAUUGUCUUUACUCUUCUUUCUGGUAAAUCGUCUGAGACAGCGAAAGAUACGCGCACGUGAGAGUCGACAGAAUGCCGAAGAUCAGCGUAGUAUAGUCGGUAGCAUUGGCUAUAUAGCCGGUAAUAUGGGUUAUAUGGAGGGCAAUAUGAGCGGCAUGGAUUAUUCCUACGCUAGUGGUGCUUCACACUAUCCACUGUGGAAGCCAGCAAGUGGUUAUUUCCCGCGCGGUGAAGCGCCGCCACCAUACGAGGAGGCUGUUGCUAUUUCACAAGCGGAAGCUUUAAGUGCACAAUGCACGGUUAGUGUGGCAACAACAGCGCAUCGUGCUAUGGGCCUUAAUGCAACUGUUACACCGGUUGAGUUGACUGCCGAAAUGCGCCGCAAUAUGCAGCAGCAGCAGCAACAGCAACAACAACAGCAACAGCAACAAACGUUGGUCCAACAACAUUCAAUGCAUUUACAUCAACCGGCAUCGCAUCAGAGCGUUGGAGGCGUAAAUGGUAAUAGUGCCUCCGUUGCCGGCAUGUCUAACGCUACACAGACAAUGCAACAUCAUGUUGGCGCACUGACGUCAACAGCACAGCAGCAACAUCAUCAACAAUCACACAAUCAAAUAACUCAAAGCACAACCAACCUGAUUAAUAUUAAUAUCAAUAGUGGCGGCAAUGUGACCACUAUUGCCACGGGUGAAAAUCAUCAACCGCCGUACAGCUUGCAACACGAGAGUAGUGGCAAUGUUAUGCAGGAACCGCAGCAUCACCAACAGUUAUCACAGACAUUGCAACAUCAACAACAAUUAAUAAAUACCACUCACAUAGCCAAUAGCAGUGGUGGACGACUCCACUUGACUGCCGCCGCGCCCAGUAAUUCAAUUUGUGUACAAACACUCACUGGUGGCGGCGGCGGCGGAAUCGCCAAUUCCAGCACCCAGCAACCUUCUCAGUCUACACAAAUGCUGGGUACCAGCAAAUCGCUGAAUCAUCAUCAUCAGCAGCAGCAGCAGCAUCAUCAUCAUAAUCAGCUCACUGCAAAUGUCGCUUGUCAGGCGUUACAACAAGCAAUGGCGUCUACGAUCGGGUCACCAUCGACCAGCAACGAGUGCAGCUAUAAGAAUUGCCAUCUCAAUAUAAGCACCAGCACCACAUCAGAGUCACCGUCGACAUCAGCAUCGGCUGUGGCCGGAACUCAGCAGCGUCGUCCACAGCAUCGCACUAUACUUCCAAUUCAAGCCACGCAUGCGGCACAUGAUAUGCUACAGCAAUUUGUAACAGUUGCUGAUGUUGAAAUCAGCGGUGCCACCGUUGGCUAUCAUUCACUACCGAGUGGUAACGGCAGUAUGGGUGGCAGUAGUAGUGAAAUCGAAAUGCUCACCUCGACUACGGUGCCCACAACAUCGCAAUAUGUUGGAUCGCCCAUUGCAGGCGCCAUUUCGACGCCCAGUAUUGAUGUGCUGCCAUUGAUGGGCGGUGAAAUUGCCACCAUCUCCAACAAUACCAGUGACUCCAUUACACAAACUACACUAAGCGCUAUUGCUGGCCCUCAUACGCUGCCCACAAAUACACACACACAGAUGCUCAAAAGUGGCAGUAGCAGCGCCAACAGUCCCAGCAGUCAAAGCAGCAAAACCCCUUCCUCCUCACGCCGCUACCAUCGCACCAUACCGCGUUACUUCGCGCUCACCGAUCCGUUGAGUGCCAAAGAAGCUUAUGGCGUUGGUAAAAGUAAAUCAGAUACUAGCACACGCAUUGGCGUAAACAAUACUACGACGGCUACAACAUCUGCUCCCAAAAAACCCACGUGUCAGUGCCCAGUGCAACAUGUGCCAAUGUCAUAUAUGGCGGCUACGCAACUAACCAAUGCUGCGCAUUGUGCCAGCAAUAGCGCGCUUCUCUCGGCAUUAAGUAGCAAAUUGAACGCAGCAAGCCAGUCGUCAGCGGCAUCCCAAACGUCCUCAGCGUCAUCUACAUUAGUCACCUCGCAUGGCAGCAGCAAUUCGGCGCGUUCGAACAGCGCUACUUCGUUGGGUUACUCACAACGUGCGAAAUCCUCCAAUAGUUUGCAACAACCGUCGGCCAACGAUGUGAAUAGCUUUGGUGGAGGUGGCACUUUGAAGCGCAUCAUGCACACCACUAGCACCAGCACUAGCACAGCCACUAAUAACAACAAAAACAACAAUAACAGCAAUAGCUCUGGCAGUUAUGAUACGAAAAUUGCAACUAUUUCUAAACAAGUUGGCGAUAGCGCUGCUGCAGACCUAAACGGUAGUUCAGUAGGUAGCCAUCAUCAUCACGCAGCUCAUCAUGCGCACCACGCACACCAUGCUCACAGCGUUGUUGUAUUGCCGACACAGACACAUGACGAGAGUAUGCCCAUUGUGCUGGGACGUGUGCAAAAGCGAUCUAGUGGUGAGCGCGAAAGGGAGCGUGAGCGUGCACGCAGUGCUAGUAGUGGUCGUUCCAGCACCAACAGUAACGCACACCAGUUGGAGAGCAGCGCGGCUGCGAUUUAUUUGAAUGGAAAGGGCGACGCUUACCUGAACUUUCCACAGCCACAACACUUCAACACCAUACACGCACAGCAGCAGCAGCAGCACCACCACCACCAUCAACAACAACAAACCAACGAUACAAAUCCAAUAUUACCACCGAAACUACACAAAUCUCUAACGAAUUUAAAAUCUACAACAACAAACAACAAUCAUAGUAUUACGACUCCAACAACAGCGAUUUCUUGCGUUGCUGCGCCUGUUGCUGCUGCUACUGUUACCCCCACCACAACUGCCACUGCCACUGUCUCGUCGAGCUGUACAGCCGUGCAGACGAUCUACACUCUCAGUAAACCAACCACGUCCACCGCGUCCCAUUCGACGCGCAAGGAGCAUCAUAAUAACUACGAGCCAAUAAGCAACAGCGGUGGAAGCAGCAGUACCAGCAAGAAUUCACCGCCAUCACUCACAUUGCCGCUAUCACCUGCGAUGGCAAGUAGCAUUGGUACUGCAAUUAACAGCAAUGGUAACGACGGUGUCAGCUCCAACACUGCUAUUGGCUCGCACUCGCACUCUACUGAGAAGUCGAGUAAAAUAAAUUCAAGCACAUUUUACCCGAUGCAAAAUAGCCACGUGACCUAUACACUGCCAAAACACAUCGGUGGAAAAGUUUCGUUGAAUAGCACCAUUGCAAGUGUGGUGAGCAAGGUGCCUUCGGUGAUCAGUAUUCCAAUCGGUGGUGGCGAAGUCGAUCUCUAUGAGUACAAUAGUGGCUGUGGUAAUAAUGUAAGUGCCACGAACAGCAAAUAUGACACUUCAGCAUCAUUAUCGAGGGGUGUCAAUGCAAAUGGACGUAGCACAACGUUGCCAAAGAUAUUGCGUGCCAAAAAACAGCAAGACAUUAGUAAUAGCAGCAACUGCAACAGCAACAGCAUUAAUAUCAAUAAUAGGUCACCACCUUCCAAUAGCAUUUCAUCUGCACCGACAAAAGCGGCAGUAUCCACAACACCAGUGUCGCAAUGUAAUAUGCCCGCCUAUCCACAACAGUAUACUAGCCACCAUGCCAAAGAAACCCUAAGUUCAAGAACAACAACAGCCAAUGCAACAACACAAUUCAAUUCCAGCGUUGUUGAUGGCAAUACAUUAUCAUCUGCCAAGCAUUUACCUGUCUGCACCACCUCUAAGAAUUGCCUCAAUCCGAAGGAGCAUUUUCUACCGAAUGACACAAGUUUGGAUGAUGAUUACUUAAGUGAGUGUGAGAAUUGUAAAAUAGCACAGAGCGCCAAAUAUUAUUUGAAUGCUGAGGAAGUGGAGGCAGCACCGCAAGAGACAAUGACACUGCAACGUAAAUCGAUGGAUGACAAUAAGGACGAGCAAGAGCAAGCAUAUUAUCGUAUUUCACAUACACUACCAACGAAUCCUAAAAAGAAUGCUCCAAUCAAAAAUAACAAUCGUGAACCAUGGUUUUCUACAAUCCCUGCUAGCUCAUCAUCCGAAGAGGAUGUCAACGAAUGAGAUUUAACGCAUUUUCUUUAAAUAAGAAGCAACAAAAAAUGGCACGCACCGAAGUAGCAAAUAAUUAUAUAUACGCACACACACAUAAGCACACUCAUGACGGAUUAGAAGUGUGGAUAUGUCAACCAUUGCAAUGCAAGUUUAAAGAGGAAAGUAAGAGUAUUAAAUGUAGUAGCUGCACAGUGAGGUAAGUCAUAGCAUAAAUACAUACACGUGUGUAUGAAUACAUGCAAGAAUACAUAUACAAAAAGUAUUGAAAGUAGGUUAGGUUAGAUGGCUUUCAGAAGAGCCCCACAAAUUCAAUGGUAUUAAGUUGUAAAACAAAACCAAAAUUUACUGUAAAUUAACGAAAGCCAAAGGCUUUAGAAAUGCCGAACUGAAAGAGAAAAAAACGUCAAAGUGUUUGAAAAAAAGAAAUGAAAAAAGUACUAAGCAAUGUAUUGUUGAUUCUUCUUUUUUUACUCUUCGCACGUCUCCAUCAGUCAUUUGCGCUUUGCGUAUAUAUCAACCAAAAAUUUAUUAGUUUCAAUUAUUAUAAGCUAAGAAGAUGACGAAUAAAAGCUCAACAAAAAAACCAAAAAAAGGCAAAAAAAAAAAAACAAAAAAACAAAAACAAAAACGGCCGGC